AUGAUCAAAGCCAACCCUACUGAAUUGAAGAAAUUUAUAGCUAAGAAGUUACCAUUGAAGUUAAAUGGUGGCAGACAUAUACAAAGAAUCCUGUGGGUCUUUGAUUCAUUUAUGAAUCUUAUAAUUAAUGAGUAUAUGGAAAUGGCAACUAGUGGGCAGCAGAAGAACAUUGGAAUCGUGGUCAUGUGA